UUUUUUUUUUUAAUCCCUUCCCUCCUGACCCACCCUCCUGCAGCAAUCAAUGAGAAGGCAGCAAAGGGGGGAACGGGCAGCGGGUUUGCUGAAGCAUUUUACUAGUAAAAGCAGGGGCUAUUGUGCUUCUCCUCCAGGCUGCUGGGAGAUGAAUGGCAGGAGGCAGCACAAAGACACUAUGCCAUGGGAGGGCUCAGCCGCCUGAAUGCCAGCCUGGGACCCUGACUGCACAUGGAUCAGCCAACGGAGCAAUAAGGCGGGCGUGUAGGGGCGGACUGCAGGACUUCUUGCUGUGUCUUGCCAUUCCCUGAGCGUUAUGGGCAGAGGCUUUGUGCAAUGAAUGCUUCCCCCAGAGCUUUUCUCCCAGCGAAUAUGGGCACGGCUGUAUCCAAAAGGAAGAGUCUGAGGAAUGAUGCUAUGUCUUCUGUAGCAGCGAAAGUUAGAGCAGCAAGGGCUUUCGGAGAAUAUCUUUCACAAAACCAUCCUGAAAGCAGAAACGGCUCAGAUCACCUGUUAGCGGACUCCUAUAUCGGACAGGAGGACUCCCCUGAGAUGCAGCAGGCAGCUCAGAACAAGCGCAGACUCUCUGUCAUCUCUGAUGGCAAGUUUGAGAGGAGCUUCUCUGAGGAGCGGGCCGAGAAGAUCCCAAGCGAGGGGCCAAAGCCACGUGUGUACACAAUCUCCGGCGAGAGGCCGAUGCUGUCGGACCAUGAGAAUGACAGCAUGGAACUGGUGGUGAUGAAGGGCACCGGGCAAGAGGAGUGUCACCAUGGCCAGCCCCUGCAGAGUGCUUGCAGCUCUCACAACAUCAGCAGGCAUUGCAAAGGUUGGGCAGGAAGUCGGCAGGGCUCCAAGGAAUGCCCCAGCUGUGCUCGGCUGGCAGCCUCCUCCCAGCACUCCUUUGACCUGGAGCAGCAUCAGUCCAACGAGACAGGGUGGCGUAGGAAAAAGCUGGAGAGGAUGUAUAGUGUUGAUCGUGUGUCUGAUGAUGUCCCCAUACGGACCUGGUUCCCCAAAGAGAACCUUUUCAGUUUUCAAACUGCUACUACAACUAUGCAAGCGGCGUUCAGGGGCUACGCAGAGAGGAAGAGACGGAAACGAGAAAAUGAUUCUGCAGCUGUUAUUCAGAGGAACUUUCGGAAGCAUUUGCGCAUGGUCGGGAGCCGACGGGUGAAAGCACAAACAUUUGCUGAACGGCGUGAGAGAAGCUUCAGCAGGUCCUGGAGCGACCCGACUCCUGUCAAAGCUGAUUCCUUCCAUGACUCUCGAGAAAGCCAUGAUCUCCAGGACUCCUGCUGUGCUCUGGAGGAUGAAUUUGACUUGAACUGGGAAGCAGAGAAGGAGCUUGAAGCAGCGGCAUGUGAUGGAGAGGACUUUGUUCCACCAAAAAUAAUGCUCAUUUCUUCCAAAGUCCCGAAAGCCGAGUACAUCCCGACAAUCAUCCGCAGGGAUGACCCCUCCAUCAUCCCUAUUCUCUAUGAUCAUGAACACGCCACCUUUGAAGACAUUCUUGAGGAAAUAGAGAAGAAGCUGAACAUUUAUCGGAAGGGCUGCAAAAUCUGGAAGAUGCUGAUUUUCUGUCAGGGAGGUCCUGGCCACUUAUACUUGUUGAAAAACAAAGUUGCCACCUUUGCCAAAGUGGAGAAGGAGGAAGAUAUGAUCCUCUUCUGGAAGAAGCUAAGCCGACUGAUGAGCAAAAUCAACCCUGAGCCAAAUCUCAUUCACAUCAUGGGCUGCUAUGUUCUGGGAAACCCCAAUGGGGAGAAGCUAUUUCAGAAUCUGAAAAAUCUAAUGAAUCCUUAUAGGGUUGCCUUUGAGUCUCCACUUGAACUCUCAGCUCAAGGUAAGCAAAUGAUUGAGACUUACUUUGACUUCCGCCUUUACCGCCUCUGGAAGACCCGCCAGCACUCCAAACUGUUGGAUUAUGAUGACAUUUUAUGAGCUGGAGAAGACUUUACAAGAGGAGGUUGAUCAUCAGUAUUUGAGAAGUCAUGCUUGCGGCAGAGAGACUUUUUUAUUGGUAGGAGGAGCCCUUUGAAUCCCUGCAGGAGGCAGUGGUGCCGAAGGGAUAGAAGGAGGAGCAGCCAGAAAUUUACCAGGAGGAAAGUCUGUCCGACAAAGACUGAGACUCGAAGAGGAUGGUUUGACACCUCAUACACCUCAGGCCAGAGCCAUAGUCUCUCAGAAAGAGCUGUGUGAAAAGGGGACAUGAUGGAGUUCCUUGCAGGACUGAGCUGUUUUGGGUCAUGUUGGGCCAGAAUUGAUUCCAGGUCCUUUUAAAGACAUUUAGAGCUCAGGUUUUCUUAAAAUAAAAAUAAAAAUAAAUAAUCCUUGCACUACAGAAAAGCAGUGACUUAAGCACAGAGCUAGAAGAGUGGGAGCCUCCCAGCGGCGCCAUUUGCUGUGCAAAGGAACUCUGAAGGCAAGGAAUGCCAUGCUUACUCCUGCAAGCUUUGAUCAAGAAGGUUCAGAAACUUAAUGUGAAUAUAUAUUGAAACAGAAUUGAAGUUUAACGUUUUUUGGGGUUAAUAGAAAAUAAGUGCAAUUUUUAUAAAAUAGAGGGGGGAGAACCCCCCCCAAUAUUUAAAUAGUUAAAAAAAUAACACAUCAGUAACCAAUAGAUGAGGUAUUUUUGGUCUGCUUGAAAAUAUAUUCAAAAUAGUAAUAUAUCUUCUGUAGACAUAUUUAAUCACCAGCAACAUGGUUUUAACAUAACUUAGCAGACUCUGCAUGUCUGCUACAUUGAUCAAUCCUGUUUGUUUUUUCUCUUUAAUUUCAGAGUAGCUGUGUUGCACUAAUUGUACGUGUUCUCACGAAUGUAUAUUUCUCCUCCAGUUAGACACAACUUUGUUACUUUAUCUUUGCUGCUUACAAAACUAGCCGAUUUUAGUUUUGCUGAAUUUUUAAGUUAGAAAUACAAUGUGUGACUGAGGGGAAUCUUGGUCUGUUUCAUUCAGAUUUGAUCACGAAUGAGAAGCGAAUAGCCAUGUUAAGGAUUUGUCAUUUCAGUCUACUGCUGCCUUUUGAUUAGAUGAAGUCUUCUUCCAGAUAGCAGUGUGGAGCAGAGCAGUAUCUGAAUACGGGAAAUCCUCAAAAGAGAUUUAUAUGCAAAGGCAUUUGAAAGAAUUGAAUGAAAUGCUUCUUGAAGUUUGUAGCAUUGGUUAGUAGCACAAUUUUGGUUCUCUCCCCGUUCAUGUAGUUGCCAGUUGUUGACUUGUAAACUCCAUUUUUUUCUAGCGCUACAUCAACCCACUUGUAGAUCUCAGCUCUCCCGUCCAAAUCCUUCAUGUCUGGGACAAAUGGAUUACAUAGCUCUUAUUUGUGAGCAGCUAUGCUUUUAAAAUCCAGAUUUGUGCUUAAUAUCUUUGAGGAUAUAUUUUGGAAUAUAUUUACUUUUUCUUUUUUAGUCUUCUAGUCUCCUGUGUGUAUAAGGGACAAAUAUUAUUGUAGUCUCCACAGGUCACCCUGGCUAUUUUGGGAGAUUACACAAUUUGUUUCUCAGAGAAGUAAAAUAUGCUGGAGAAUAACCAGGUAGAGUUACCUUGGUCUCCUGAUUUAUUAGUGUCUAAAACUAGUUGGUUGUGCAGUGAAGAAAAAAAAAUACAUGUACAAACCUUCCUUUGAAUAGUUAAGAAAGAACAUUUGUUCUGAUCUGUAGAAUAUCCCUUUUCCUUUCCUUUCCCCGUGUGUUAUUGUAACAUUGGGGAGCAGGCCUCUGGCUAAAACUGCUGAACCAUGUACAUUAAUGACAUUUUUAUAGCAAACCUUUAAGAAAUAAUAUACGUAUAGUAGGUAAGUAACUGGUGGGGGGUGGGGAUAUUUUGCAAUCACUGAAAAUUAACAUGCCAAACCAAAUAGCUCAAAGAUCUCCUCUUGAAAAUUCUGUAGACCUUUUAUGAGCAGCUCUCAAAAGACUUGACCUCUUUGCCAGUUGGUGCCAGGCUGACCUCAGGGUGGUUUGUAAGCUGCUGUUCACUGAGGGGUUGACUCCUGUUCUGGUUGACCAUGUUACAGGUUUUCAGACUUCAUCAAAGAGGAUGUUUGGCACUACCCCAGUGCUUUUGGAAGAACAUGCCAGUGUGGGUUUUUGGUUUUUUGGUUUUUUUUAAAGAUAUAUAUUAGUGAACUAAUAUUUGGCAUGCUAAUUCUUCUUAGCUGCACUACUGGCAGUUAGGUGUUGUAUGUGCUAUCAUAGCAAAGAGGAUGUAUAAAUUAUGUUAGCAAAAGGCAGUGACAGGAGUAAAACUUUGAUACAAAAUUGCAUCCCUCCCUGACCCUCUCACUUCCUAGUUUGCUUGGAUGGUUUGGGCUGUUGCUUACAUUGUUAAAUGAAGAAUAAGAAAAUGCUCCCUCUCUCUCUUGUUUAAAGUAAAACCCCACUUCAGUGAACCUGGUAGCAUGAAUGUAGCAUUGUGGGAACUAUUGAAAAACCUAUAUUACUCUGAAAGGACCCAUUUAUAUAUACACUAUGGUUAUUUAUCUAUGUCACUAUUGUAUAUCUAUAAUGAUUGAGCACUUGUAGAACUAAGGUUGCCGUAGAAAGGUAGAUUGUACAGUUGCAUAACUUAUCCUUUAUGGAGAUGUAUGUUUGAAUGAAUGUUACAGACUGUUUUACUGGUCCAAUUGACUAUAGCAUAGUAUACUGAGAAAUAUUGAAUGCGUUUCUCUCUUUUCCAAAGACAUAUAUCCCACACACCUUUGUGAUAUUAUGCCAUGAACAGAUUAUUUUCUUUGUCAUGAUCAUUCAACAAAAAGGAUGAACUGUUCUAAAGGCUCUAAUUGGGAAGACAGGCUGGGGAUUUUAUAUCUACUGUCUUUCAAACCUUUAAAGUCCCUUGUGCUAAUAACACUUUUGAAUUUAACAGUGUUGAAAGUAGAAAUUGUUUCUUCUUUCACCUUUAACUGGUUGAUCCUUCUGAGUGGCUGGUAGGACAGGAAGGAACCAGCAAUGUAUAGGAUGCAGAAAAUGUUUGUAGCUAUUUAGGACUUAGAUUUAAAAAAAAAAAAAAGUAGCUAAGGGGAUACUUUCCAUUGGACCAACGCAUCAAGAACUGAACUCCCUGGAGUGUAUAUUCAUUAGUCAGUACUCAAAGGGAAAUAUUCUUGCUGCAGAAGGCCGGUUCUCAUUCUGUGAACUGUUAGAUCCUUCUCAGCUAUUUACUGGGCAUGUCUACAUGUGCUAUUAAGGCAAUUGAAUAAACUCUGGCACAUUUUGCACCAGAGUGUAUUGCUCCCAGGCAUGGCAUUUGAACACAUGCCCAGGACUGCAGCAUGUUGAGCCAGACCGGAGCAGCCCCAGCUGGUACGUGGUCUUGGGGUCAGCCUGCCAGCCUGGGGCUGCUCUGACCUGGCUCAACAUGCUGGCGGGGGUUGGCUGGGGCAUGAGGGUGCUUUAGUGCAGGGCUAGCCAGCAGGCAGCCUCCACACUGAAGUACUCUCUUGCCCCAGCCAGCCCCAUCAGCAUCUAUAUAUGUGUUGUGGCAAAGUAAAUAACUCGGCCGUAGGACAAUACUUGUGUUUGGCAGUGCUAUCCAAUUGCAAAGUUAAUUAGUUCACUCUGUCCUAAUAACAUUGCAUGUGUAGAUGGUGACAUUUUACUGUGGAGUUAAUUAUGCAACUCUGCAGUAAAUGUCUCAUGUAGACAUGCCCACUGAGGGUUAGAGUGGCCUAAGAAAUGCAAAGGUCCAGAGCAGAUGUGUCCUGCCCCAGAGUGCAUAUUGUCUAGUCUGGGCUGAUAAGACACUAUGGGUAUGCUUUCAUUGAUUGAUGAGUGCGCCAUCAAAAGGGUGUCAUUCCACUUACCAAAUGUUCCUUUCAAUUUAAAACAAUAUGCUUUUUAAAAUAUCAGUCUGUUUUAAGCCAUGAAAACUGUUUAAAAAUGAGUCCCCUUUUUAACUGUACAUGUAUAUAGUUUUAGACUUGCUAUUUGAAUAUUCUUGGUGGAACCCACUUCUAAUAAGCAUUAAUUACACUGACACUGUUUGUAAUGUAAUUGAGUUCAAGUCCCUAACUGCUGCACCAUAUUUCAGUUGUCUUUAACUCUUCACGUGUCUUGUCCACACUGAGCAUUCUGCCUUGACGCUAUACGCAACUCACCUCCACCAAAGGAAGUGCUAAUGUAGACCAGCCGUUGGCAUCUGAACUCCUGUUCUGUCCGGACCUGCUCUGAUCAGGGUUAGAUAAAACCAUGAUAAUGUGUUAGCACCUUGUUUACUCUGGCACUGUGGGAAUGCACUAGGUUAGUGUAGUUGUUGGAAAAGUCAACAGUAAACUCAGAAUAGGUGCAGGGUAUACAGAAACAUUUUUCCAUGGUAAAGGGUUUCAGAGAUGCUAAUCCCUUUGGGAUGCAGCAGUUAUCUCAUGCUAUUAGGUGUUAAGAGCUGCUUUCCAAGGGGAUUUUCACAUCCUCCUCCUCCUCUCCCUUAUGUGCACUGGCCAGUUGGGAGAGGAAAACAGAAGCUUCUGCUUCGCCAUCUGCGAAGAAAUAAGAAGGAGCCUUGAAAUAACUGCUCCGAGGAGGAAAAGAAGCUCUGGCUUCCCAGAGAAAUCCACAGCCCCCACUCCUCACCCUGCAGCUAUCAGUACCUCUUGCAGAUGGUUUCCACUUAUGAGGUAGUCCUCUCUGGGUCUUUACCAUAAAACUCCACCUGUAGUGAAACUUCUGGGUGGGAAAGCCAAGUAUCCAGCCAGCCAACCAACCAGCCUGCCUCCAUCUGGAGGAUUCCACUGAGCACAAAUGUGACAUCCCACCUAAUCCUGCCCCACCAAGUACCUCAGGAGCUGCUUGAGCCUAACCCCAUGUAGUCUAUUGAAGGCUCAGCCCCAGCUCCAAAUCUUGCUGCUGCCCUGGAUAGGACUCCAGGAAUGAAUGAAUGGGCCAGGCUAUGCUUGGUCUGGAUCUUCCCUCCCCUGCUCUUUGCUUGGGGCUUAUUUUAACUUAGGCCUGUGUAUUUCAGUUGCUAUUAUGGUUCUUGGAAGAAAUGUGUACAAUACAUAGGUACGUGUUUUUACAUUGUCUCUUUGUAAAGUCUCACUUUUUUCUCGUGAGUAUGGUCCCUAUUUACUCCCAUUUGCUCUGCUUCAUGCAGUAGAACACAAGGCCCGUCUUAUCACCUCCUAGUCAUCUCUAAUGUCCAGUCCCAGUAUGUUAAUGACUCUCAGGAGAAAACAAGCCAGGAAAUGCAUCCGCAAGCUCACUUAUUUUACUCAGCUUAACUCUAAAUGCACAACACUCCAACAAGGCAGGCCUAGUUUGCCUGAACAUUUCUGUAUGAUAACUAUUUGUUGGUCAUAGUUGGAAGGGACCUCAGUCAUCACUUCUUCCAAAAACCUACACAGAUACAGGAUGGGCUACUCUUAAAUCAUUGUGGGGCCAACCGUUUUGGCAGGUGUACCACAAAUUAGCCUUGUACCCUCCUUGAGUGUCAGUAUGAUCCAUUUCCCUUGCCUGAUCUGCUGCUCUGCUUUCUGCUCUCUGUUCUGUGCUCUGCACCCAAUCUGCUGCUCUGCAUUUGCUUCUUGCCCUAUCUGCCAUGCUGCCUGGCCCUUCCUCAAUCUUCUGUGUGCCACACACAGGUUGCCCAUGCCACUUAUGGCACACAUUACAGGUUGGCCACCCUAGACUUACACCAUCUCAGGCAGAUGCCUGGGUCAAUACGAGGUGUUUUGCUAUGGCGUAGUAAUUCCUUCUUGGGUAUCAUGAUGGUAAAUGUUGAUGAUUGGAGUGAGUUGCCCGAUUUGUUCAUCUGAGAUGUUAGGGAAAUCGCUUUCAAUUUAGAAUUACAAACCUAUUUGCUUUUUUAUGUUGAGGUUGGUGAGCCAAAUACUCUUCUGCAUUACAAUGAUGACAUCCCAUUGGAUUUCAGAUGAGUUUUAUUGGGGUGAAUAAGAGCGCAGUUUGCCUUGGUAGUUUGGAGGUCUGUUUUGAAUCAAUUAAAUCAUUUAAACCCUCAAUUAAACCAAUAUCACAAGAGUCAAGAAUAACUGAAAUUAAAUGUACAUUGGUUCUCAGAUGAGUUAACACUGGUGUGUCUGUGUGUAUGACUGCCCAGGAGGUCUAUUCAUUUCACCCCUGUGACACCUCUUAAAGUAACCAGUGGACUCUAGGAAUGUUGAUGCCAAGUAUCAAAUGCAUCACCCUAUAGCCCGGUAUAGCGGGGGCUAGACAUUGUGAAACACCUCAUUGUAUGCAUGAAGUUUUCUCCAGAGGUUCUGUCCUGAGUGUUGAUGUGAGAAGCCAAUUUUGUAGGUAAAUUUUUGAACUGAGUCAUCAAGGGCUCAGGGUCCUGCAGUGACAUUAGUUAAGAGCCAGCAGUGUAUACUGUAAUGUUGCCAGAACUGACUGGCUAUCUGCUUGAGAAAUCUGUUGUCUCAGUAAAAUAAACAGGGUACAUGUAUUUUUUACUUAUUUCAUGGUGUUGCCCUUUCUUCUUGAUAAAGUGCAAGCCAUAAACAAACAGGAAUCAUUGCAUUUGAAGUAACCAGUAUGACUGUUGAUAGUUUUUUUUGUCUGUGUCUUGGAGUUCAAUGCAUAAUUUUAAGGUGUCAGAAAACAGGCCUGGUCUUGAUAUUGCUUAAGCCCAUGAAAUCAGGUGUGAAGUCAGUGCAGUUCAGUCAUUUGGCCUUGGCUAUAAAGUUGGAGUUUGGUUUCUCACUUGGGAUGUAGGCAUUUGCAGUUGUGCUAGAUACAAUUGGCAGUUUUGCUUCAGAAAUAAAUUCUUACGCAGAUAUCCCAAAUCUUGUGUGACAGCAAAAUUAGAGGAGAGGCAGGUGUGAAAAUAGCAGACAUUAAAUAUAAUGAAGCAGUCUGAAUGGAAAUUAAAUCACAUUUUCCCUUAAAUAUUCAGUAAAUGUCACAUAAUAACAGAUAAUGAUUGGUCAUUUAAUGUGUUUUGUUUAGACUAUAUUACAAAUUGAUGUGAACAAGAAAAGAUACUGGUAAAAUAAUGCUUAUUGUUCUCUUUUCUUACCAAAGUAGUGAUAUAAUGGUACGUUUAGCUAGUUCUUUGGCACUCCAGCCUUUCUUCCGUGUGAUUCCUGUGGUAGAAGGAGGUGUUGUCUUUACCUGGCAUUUGACUGCCCCAUCAAGAUUUAGAGCUCAAUCCAGACCUCACUGAGCAGGGUGUCUGGGCACUGACAGAAGUGACAUUUCGUUGUGUGAUCGCCCCCUGAAAGUGCUCCACAGCUGUGCCCUGACAGAAGUGCAUUGCCUUAGAGUGCUUUAAAAGUGCCCGAUCAUGCAACCAAUGAACCUGAGGUGGUGGGUUGGGAGGGGUGGGGGGCUUCAAUCCACCUGCCCCCCCCCCCCCCACCUCCAGAACAAGCUGAGCAAAUCCCAGGAUGAACUCCCUCCUCUCCCUUCCCCCUCCCAUCUUGAAGACAGCACCACAGCUGGAGCGGGGGUGGGGACUGGGGGAGAGAGGCUGCAGACAUGCAGCUGCUCCAAACUGGAGCUUGAUCUCCCAACUCCCCCAGACCCAACACAGAACAUCUGUUGGGUGGAGGGGACUGUUGUAACUCAUGGUGCUUCCUGGUGGCAGCGGUGAGGGAGGUGGGGGGUGGCAAGCCCUGACCACCUGCAGGCGCCGCCAGCAGUGUCAGUGGCCCCUUUUUGCAGGGGGUGCACCACCAAGCUCAGAGGAUGCUCGUGCACCCCCUUCGUGUCGCCCAUGUUGGAAACAGUUGAGUCAAUCCCUUAGUAAAGCAAACUUUUUUUAUGAAGACGUCAGCCAGCCAGUGAAGAGUAUUGUCAUUUUGUACAACCAGGCAGCCCUUUAUGAGACUUGUGGAUUCCUCCUGUAUUAUAUAUAGCAAUAACCUGCUGGCACAUCCCCGUCCCCCCAUGUGUAAAUGUAACGUUUUGCCUAUGGCUGUGCAAAUCAAUCUGUGGCAUCUGACUUGUGGAGCCCUCACCUGCCUGGGGGGAGAAAUUUCAGUGGUGUUAUGCCGACAGGGCUCAGCAAUUGACUUUGAACAGAGCGCACUUCUGGAGUUGCUCUGGGCUCAGGGAGAAAAAGCAUGGAUGUAGCUGGAAUUCAUAAAGGACUUGACAGGAGGUCAGAGGCUGGAGUUUUGACACUAAAAUCCAGACACAGAGGUAGAGACCCCAUGAAAACAGUCUGCUCACAGAGCAGAGGUUCAAAAGGGCACAGUCAAAUAACACUGUCCCUAAAUGUGGGACACUAAAAAUAUCCCAAUUUGAUAGAGUAGGUUAAAAUCCUUUUAUGUGAAGGAAGAAUUGGAUGUGUCACCACAUGUUGUAUACACAGAAUAUUAUUGCCUAGUAAAUGCAUACAUUGUAUUGAUGAAAAAUUAAAAGUUGGAUUAAGAGACUUAGCUGCCCAGAGUCCUGCAUCAAGCCAACAGGAGUUAGGCUGAUGUAAAAAACAAUGUUUCAUGCUUCCUUUGCUGUUUGGUUUUGUCCUUUUUUUAAACAAAUGCAGUUCCUGAAAUUGAGCUGAUCUCGUGUGGUAUCUGUAUACCGUUGGGAGCUAAACAAGAACCCUGUUGUAAAACAGUAAUGUAAACGGUUUUGUUUUUUCUUUUUAAAAAUAAUAAUUUCAUUUGUUACACUUGGUAAUUGAGACCCUGAUUUUGGUCACCAGUGAUUUCCCUCGGCAGCAUGUACUAGUUAAUUACUGUAGAGCAGCUUGAGAAGGCCUGGCUGCUGGCAUUGCUUUUCAUUUAAAGGAACAAUAACCCCAAAUAAGCGGUGAAUGGGGGAAAAAACACUGAAUCGUGAAGAAUUUGAAAACAGAUCCAUAUAACAUAGUCUUCCUGUUCACAGGCAUGUCUGCGCCACCCUGAUGCCCUGCCCAGGAACACCCCCCCCUCAGUCUGGCCAGUCCCAGGCCAGCCUCUAGAAAGGAGGCAGUGCAGCUUUCUUAGAGCAAGAGUUCUUCAUGGGAGAAAUCCUGUGCAUGGCAUGGAGGCAGUGUAGACAAGCCUCACAUCUCUUUAUAGUUUGAAACCAAUAGUUAUAUGGUGGAGCUGGGCAAAUUAUCCAACUGGGAAGGAGGAAAAAGAAUCAAUACAAUUGUCAGCCAUACUUAAAGCGAGAAAUGUUAAAGGCUAUUUAAACCAUUUACUUGACAAGCCAAAUACAUUCUAUAUCUUGCUGAGUUCCCUUCGUUCCCAUUGAUUUCAGUGGGGCCUGCAGGCACACUGUUUCCUUAAAAUCAAAACUUUGAAGGAAAACUUUGUAUUUGUGUGGUCAUAAGAACUGCCGUCAUGGUUCAGACCAAAGGUCCAUCCUCCCUAAUAACCUCUCUGUGACACUGGGUGCUUUAGAAAUAGGACCUGUGCAGAGAUUCAUUCCAUCUUGCACUCCAUUCACCAUCAAUGUUACGAGGUUGAGGUUACAUUCCUGGUCAUUGCAUAACUCCUUAGGACCUGCUCUCAACAUUAUUUGUAUGGAGAUUGCUCAGUCAUUGCCCUAUCUCACUGUCAUCUGGAAAGUGAUGAUGGACUGGGCCUGUGAAGAGACUUUCAAAUACUUUAUCCCCAAAUUUCCAAAAAUGUGGUCUCUAAUUUUGUAUUUCAUACAUCACAGGUGCCACAAGUUGCCUACUGCUGGUGUGAGACUUUUGAAAACACAGGCUUUUCCCUCUGUGAAUGUCAGUUGAACUUCAGUACUGAGCCAGCAGGUUGCCCUGUCCAACAAAAUUUUUUCUCCACAAAAGACAAAUUUCAAUGACAUUCAUAACCAGUUCCUUUGGCUUCUCUCCCUCUCCCGUCCAGGCUCAUGGUGCAUUCUGCUGUGAUGAAGGGUGUAUCUGUCCUGCCUAUUACAUACCCUGGCACAUUUAUUUGAGACUCUUUGCUGCUUUGCGAAUGAUAACCAUGUUUCAAAUAUGUGAGAGUUUCUAAAUUUUAAGUUACGAUUGAAUAAAAACACAUUUCGGGGAAAACAGCA